UGGACUUAAAAUCCAACUCUGCGUGAGCUGCUGGCUACCAUCUUCAUCUUUCUUUUCAUCAAACUUAUUGAUUCUUUUGCAUUUGCUCCUAUCUGCCUUUUCUCCUGUGACGGAUUCUCAAAGCUCAGCAUUCCUUGUCUGCAUGUGCCGAAGGAAACGUUGAUAGUGCAAAGGAAGAAAAGAGGAGGAGCACAUUCGUUUAGUGCGCCAAUGACCCCCCUGCCUCCCCCUCCCCAGCUGGUUGAUGACACAGAGGGUUUUUAUUGAAAAGCUUUUCAGCCAAUGGGCGAACAGUGCCGGGAAAUACAGCAGUGGAACUGCACCGGCACUGAUGCUGUGCUGAUUUCAGUGUCCAGGCUGUGGUAAUCUGCCUGAGUGUUUCCUCUUCUGUCUGCCUGAUUGCCAACACCGCCUUGAGCCAACAAAACUCCUGUUUGAAAGAGCAGCUUUCUCAUCUUUUUUUAUUUUUUGGUCCAGGAAAGAACAUAGCUGGCAUUGGUUUCUAUCUCCACUCCUUCUUUAGGGGGGCAGUCUAUUUCUGCUCAAGGGACCCCCGCCCUAGUCUGCAACAAUGAAGUUCAACUUGUUCAAAACGCCACAGGCAGUGGCCGCCGAACCCACCAGUGGCACCACCGUAACCAUGGCUACCUCCCCAGCUGUGGUCUCCACCACUGCACCGGACAUUUCUGGCUCUAACAACACAGAGAUCAGCAAAAAUGACAUGUUUGAGGAAAUCAAAAGCAAAUUCUUGAAUGAAAUAGAUAAAAUACCCCUUCCUCCGUGGGCUCUCAUUGCAAUCGCCGUAGUAGCUGCACUGUUGGUCCUCACAUGCUGCUUCUGCAUCAUCAAAAAAUGCUGUUGCAAAAAGAAGAAGAACAAGAAAGGGAAGAAGGGGAAGGAUGGCUUCAACAUGAAGAACAUGCAGGGUGGCGAGAAUGCAUCAAACAUCGCAUACCAGGAUGAUGAUGAUGAUGACGAGGGCGAGACUGGGAUGACGGAAGAAGAGAAAGAGGAAGAGGAGAAGGAACAAGAAAAACUGGGAAAACUGCAAUACUCAAUUGAGUAUGACUUUGAAAACACAAAGCUCACAGUUGGAAUCCUUCAAGCUGCAGACCUCAUGUCCAUGGAUUCAGGUGGAACCUCUGAUCCUUAUGUUAGAGUGCUGCUUCUACCUGACAAGAAAAAGAAGUUUGACACCAAGGUGCACAAGAAGACGCUGAACCCUGUCUUCAAUGAGACUUUUGUUUUUAAGGUUCCAUAUGAGGAGCUGGGAGGGAAAACACUGUGUUUGUCUGUGUAUGACUACGACAGAUUUUCCAAACAUGACGUCAUUGGAGAAGUGAAGCUGGCCAUGAACACCAUCGACCUGGGACGGCCGAUUGAAGAGUGGCGGGAUCUGGAGAGUGCUGAUCAGGAGGAGCCGGAAAAACUUGGAGACAUCUGCAUAUCUCUCCGUUAUGUUCCAACUGCCGGGAAAUUGACAGUCUGCAUCCUGGAGGCAAAGAACCUGAAGAAGAUGGAUGCCUGCGGUUUAUCUGAUCCUUAUGUAAAGAUACAGCUGCUGCAAGGUGGUAAGCGUCUCAAGAAAAAGAAGACUACAGUGAAGAAAAACACCCUUAACCCCUACUAUAAUGAAUCCUUCAGCUUUGAAAUCCCCCUGGAACAGAUGCAGAAAAUCUUGGUGGCUGUCACAGUGUUUGAUUAUGACAAGAUUGGAAAGAACGACGCCAUCGGGAAGAUCUUUGUCGGCAGCAAAGCCACUGGCUUGGGCCUGAAGCACUGGUCCGACAUGCUGGCUAAUCCACGCCGUCCCAUCGCCCAGUGGCACGUACUGCAACCUGAAGAGGAUAUUGAUGGUCAGCUGGCAGCCCUGUUUGCAAAGAAGUAGCACGCUCCAUCAACCAGCUAAUGUCCUUACUCAGAAAAAUCCUCCUUCAUUCUCCCCCCAUUUCCUACUUUGCAUGAAUCCCAAAAAAUGAAAGAUGACUACUAUGAAUCUUGCCAAGCAAAAAAGAGACUUAGAAUAUGUUCUCAGUCAUGAUUAAGUCGAAGAAAACUCCUUCAAAGCUUGGGAUUUCACUUGUUAAAGUGAUAUGAUGAAUGCAGAGAAGAGUGUGGUUAAAGAAUUCACUUAAAGUCUUCUGAUCUGAAGAUACAUACAACAGAUGUUGAGGGUUCUGACGUUGGAUAAAGGUCUUUUUGAAAACAUUGCUGGAUAUAAAGCUUUAGUUUAGUUGUUAGAGCAUGCUUUAUUUACCUCAACACUGCUGUGCACACACUGGAACCAGUAACUUACCUUGUUAAUGAGCGUGCUAUAACCUGCAAUAAAAAGUACUGUUGUACUGUUCACUGAGUUGGUUUACAUCUAUUCAAAAAGUAGAUCUAGCUAUAGGGAUGAGGCUGAGGUCAGGGAAUUACAGUGAUUAACGCUGCAACAGUUUAGUAAGAAUGACAUGAUGUUUGUUGUUCAUUUUGUUUAGUUGCUAAAGGUGCAUCUAUGCAUUCAGGCUUAAGGCAUUUAUUCAGAUGGAUGUGAUGUAGGACAGGACUACAAGCGUGCCUUCCUGAUGUGAUGCUUUGAGAUACCUGUUGGGUUUAAAUAACUGUCUUCAAGAGGGUGAAUGUUGUUCAAAAGCUGUCAUGGACCCUGUGAAUGUGCCAUGGGGUUUCUGUGUUAAAACACUUGGAUAUAAAAGCAUA